CAAAUGGAAACACGGAUUUUCCUUUCUGUGGUCACCAGUCUACCGAAAUUGACAACUCUUGCGCGUUCUUUCUUCUUUCGUCCCUCGUUCGAAUUGAUAAAAUGAGUAAAGUAAAUCGAGAAGGUUUGACCGAGUGCAUACGUGCUGUUCUUCAGCACUCCAAAGACAAGAAACGUAAGUUUCUUGAAACAGUCGAACUCCAAAUCAGCUUGAAAAAUUAUGACCCUCAAAAAGACAAGCGUUUCUCAGGAACUGUGAAAUUGAAACAUAUUCCAAGGCCAAAAAUGAAAGUCUGUAUUUUUGGAGAUGCAUCCCAUUGUGAUGAGGCUAAGGCAAAUGAUCUGCCUUGCAUGGAUGCUGAGCAAUUAAAGAAGCUCAAUAAAAACAAAAAGUUGGUGAAAAAGCUUGCAAAGAAAUAUGAUGCGUUCUUGGCCUCGGAUAGUUUGAUCAAGCAGAUUCCACGUUUAUUGGGACCAGGCCUGAACAAAGCUGGCAAAUUUCCAACUAUGAUCACCCAUAGUGAGAAUAUGGUUCAGAAAGUACAGGAUGUUAAAGCCACAAUCAAAUUUCAAAUGAAGAAGGUUCUUUGUCUUGCAGUUGCCAUAGGUCAUGUUGACAUGACUGAGGAUGAGCUGUAUAACAACACUCUCCUUGCUAUCAACUUCCUAGUGUCACUGCUGAAGAAAAACUGGCAAAAUGUUCGUGCUCUAUAUGUUAAGAGCUCCAUGGGACCUUCUCAACGAUUAUACUAAAUGUAGUUGAAAGGAUUUUGAAUAAAACGAGCAUAUCAUGAA